AUGUGGAAGACUAGGAACUGGCUAGAUCGCAACUAUGGAUCAAUUGCGCCGGUUGUCGGCGAGCGAGUUGUUCGAUGUGACAGUCGCACUGACGAGGAAAAUCAACGGCCCUUGACGUCCCUUUCUGCAGCAGAAGAAGCGGAUAAAUCAAAGGCCAGAUUUGUACUUGUCCUGAUCUUCUCAGCCGUGUGCUUUGCGCUCACGGGCACUUUUGUUCUAGCCCUGGUGAUGACAGAGUUGUCGAAAGUGGCGAAAGAAUCAUGA